AUGCUUAGCCACUUGCGCCUGGAUGAAGAAUCAACCGAUAUGCACAAUCACAGAUUACAAACUCUCAAUCUUGCAGCUCAGAAAGUUCAAUCGCGCGAGGAAAAUUAUUCAAGCAUCAAUAUGCCGAGUGUGGGUAGCUAUGAGCAGUCGAACCGACCUCCGGCCGUCCCCAAAAGCGCUGCUUCAGAGAAGAUGGGCCAGAAUAAUUCGGUAUUUCUGAGCGAGUUUUCUCCACUCGAUUGUGAGACCAUUUGUUUACUUGGUCAGGUUAUCAAAGGUCCUGCCCGGUAUAUCCACUCUCUACCAGCAAAGGAUACAAGGAACGCAAUCAUUGAUGCACUUAACACCUGGCUUCAGCUCCCAGAUGAGCCAAUUUGUGCGAUUAAAAAGAUAAUCACUCUUUUACACGAGGCAUCUUUACUAUUGGAUGAUAUCCAAGAUGGCUCAAUCUUGCGCAGAGGGUUGCCAGCAACGCACACCAUUUAUGGGAAGGCGCAGACAAUCAACUCCGCCGGCUACACGAUUAUUGAAACCGUAGAAGAGGCACUAAAGCUCGGACGGGAAUACGCGCAAGUGGUUCUUGAGCACUUGAAAGUAUUAUACGUCGGCCAGAGCUACGACCUCCAUUGGAGAACGAAUCUCCAGUGCCCAUCCGAAGAAGACUAUCUAAGGGCGUUAGAUAACAAAACGGGCGGACUGUUUCACCUGCUUCUUAAUUUGAUGACGGUGGCUACUACGGCCAAUGGAGCAAGCGUCCCUAGCAUGCACUCUCUUGUCUUUUUAUUCGGCCGCCAUUUUGCCAUCAGAGACGACUACCAAAAUCUGUUGUCAGACGAGAUAAAACUAGAAGCUAGUAAAAGAGGUAUAGAUUAG